GAUUAUUAUUAUUAACACGUAGGCCUAUACAACAAAAAAUAAUCAUAAGCUUUCGUAAGAAAAGAUACGUAGUAUAAAUUUGAUCCAAACUACGAACCACUGUACAGCUCUUCCACACGUCACUAUCAACAAUUUCGUAUGGAAGAGCUGAAGGGACAAAUCCACUUUCGUGCCAGGCCAGCAACCGAAUUACAGCGCGGUUCUCUUUAUUGAAAUACGAAUGCAAGUACUGUAUCCAAACAACAUUGCAAACAUGAAAUCGGUUCAAUCUCUUCAAGGUAUACCGCCAAACUAAUUACAUUGUCAACCCGCGACGCAUUAAUAUUUCCCGCGGCUGUGUUUUUAAAAUAGCCCAAUUCCGAACCUGGCAACAGUGCGAUUUCAUAAGGUUUCAUAAUAAAGCCUGGAACGGGGUCCUUCAAAGGAUAUCUACGGUGAUGCUUACACGCCUGUACAUUCAAAUAAUUGACAUUUUAAUUAUGAAAUAAUUACGUCCAUACCUAAACAUAAUUAUUAUCUCUGUGCAAUGCAUACUAUAUGUACGUAGCUUUUGUAAAAUGGUGUCAAGCUAGUUAACGUACCAGUUUGAUUCAGGUAGUGAGCGGGUCAGCUCUAUCUCUCUAUACUGUGACAUUGAGCGAGUGGUAUUGGCUUGUGUAUUACAUGACCAAAAGCGAAGGUGUUCACCAGGCGAAAUAUUUUGAGAAAGAAGCCACAAGCCUAGCAGUACCGGGAUAAUGGCUCACAAGCAGGGGCUGCUCUCGAUGGCUGCAGGGUCCAUGCGACUGGCGUUGAGAGUCUGGAGCACAAGUCGUAGGGCAGCAGCCACUCAAGCAUGUUCCGCUCCCGGCUACAGAAGUAGCACUGUCAGGUGUUUUACUCUAAACGGAAGCCAGAGUGCUGGACAUCAUGAAAAAGUGUCAUCCUGCUACCAGUGGCUUUGCUCUAAACCACCCAAAGGUUUUGACAAGUAUUUUCCAAAUAAUGAAAAACCUCCAGAACCAAAAGGAUCAGCCAGUGAAUCAAAAGAGGUGAAACCAAAGGAGCUCGGAUCAAAGAGCAAUGGUGGAGGAGGAGGGGGGUCAGGGGGUGGUGGAGGCGGCAAGAAAGGGGGAAAGAAGAAGGAGGAUUCUAGCUGGUGGGGCCGUAUGCAAAAGGGCGAUCUCCCCUGGGAUGAGAAGGAUUUCCGCUAUGUUGCUGUAAUGGUGGCAGGAUUUGCCUCUGGAUUUAUGUAUUUCUAUUUCCGGGACACUGGCAAGGAAAUCACCUGGAAAGACUUUGUGCACAACUACCUGGCUAGAGGGCAGGUGGACCGCUUGGAAGUUGUAAAUAAACAGUAUGUGCGUGUUAUUUCUGCCUCUGGAAUGAACUCGUCAGAAGCGAGUUAUGUCUGGUUCAACAUUGGUAGCGUGGACACUUUCGAGAGGAACCUGGAAACGGCUCAGCUGGAGAUGGGAAUCGAGUCUUCGCACAAGGUGGCAGUGGUGUACAGCACAGAGAGUGAUGGUUCUUUUAUGAUGAGCAUCAUCCCCACACUUCUGCUGAUAGGCUUCCUCCUCUUCACUCUGCGGCGGGGGCCAAUGGGAGGGGGUCGCGGGGGUCGAGGGGGCGGGCUGUUCAGCAUGAGCGAGUCCCCGGCCAAGAUGAUGAAGGACAACAUCAAUGUGAAGUUCAAGGACGUGGCGGGCUGCGAGGAGGCCAAGGUGGAGAUCAUGGAGUUCGUCAAUUUCUUGAAGAACCCCAAACAGUAUCAGGACCUCGGGGCAAAAAUCCCAAAGGGAGCUAUCCUCUUGGGUCCUCCUGGAACAGGAAAGACUCUCCUGGCCAAAGCGACGGCCGGAGAGGCCAACGUCCCCUUCAUCACUAUCAACGGCUCAGAAUUCCUUGAGAUGUUUGUUGGUGUUGGGCCAGCCAGAGUGAGAGACAUGUUUACGAUGGCCCGUAAGAACGCUCCAUGCAUCCUGUUUAUUGAUGAGAUUGAUGCGGUGGGGAGGAAGAGAGGGAGGGGAAACUUCGGGGGGCAGAGUGAGCAGGAGAACACUCUGAACCAGCUACUGGUGGAGAUGGAUGGUUUCAACACCAGCACAAAUGUUGUGGUUCUAGCUGGAACCAAUCGACCUGACAUCCUGGAUCCAGCCCUGAUGAGACCGGGACGCUUUGACCGACAGAUUUAUAUAGGUCCACCUGAUAUCAAAGGGAGAGCUUCCAUCUUCAAAGUGCAUUUACGUCCCUUGAAGUUGGAUGCUAGUAUCGGGAAAGAUGCUUUGGCCAGGAAACUAGCUGCUCUCACGCCCGGAUUCACUGGAGCUGAUAUUGCUAACGUGUGCAAUGAAUCUGCACUUAUUGCUGCCAGGCAUUUAAAUCAAUUCAUUAUUGAAAAGCACUUUGAACAGGCGAUCGAGCGUGUCAUUGGAGGUCUGGAGAAAAAGACCCAGGUCCUUCAGCCAGCAGAGAAGAAGACAGUGGCAUAUCAUGAAGCCGGUCACGCCAUUGUGGGCUGGUUCCUAGAGCACGCUGACCCUCUGCUCAAGGUGUCUAUCAUUCCUCGGGGGAAAGGCCUGGGCUAUGCUCAGUACCUCCCGAAAGAGCAGUACCUGUACACACAGGAGCAGCUGUUUGACCGCAUGUGCAUGAUGCUGGGGGGCCGUGUGGCAGAACAGAUCUUCUUUGGAAAAAUCACCACCGGCGCUCAGGAUGAUCUGAAGAAGGUUACACAGAGCUCCUAUGCACAGAUUGUCCAGUUCGGUAUGAGUGAGAAGCUGGGCCAGGUGUCUUUUGACCUUCCCCGGCAGGGUGAGAUGGUGAUGGAGAAGCCCUACAGUGAGGCCACGGCGCAGAUCAUUGAUGAGGAGGUCCGCAGCCUCAUCAACACGGCCUACGAACGGACAAUGGAACUGCUCCUGGAGAAACGGGACCUUGUUGAAAAGGUGGGGGUGCGACUGCUGGAGAAGGAGGUGCUGGACAAGGCAGACAUGCUGGAGUUGCUAGGACCACGACCCUUUGCAGAGAAGUCCACUUAUGAACAGUUUGUGGAGGGGACCGGCAGCUUUGAGGAGGAUACCCACUUGCCAGAAGGGCUGAAGGACUGGAACCAGGAGAGGGACCAAGCCCAGGAGGAGGAGCCCUCACAGCGGGCACAGGAGAAGCAGACCGUGUAGCUAGACUCCAUGCCUUGUUAAAACCAGUGCCAGUAACACAGUCACUGGGAAAUUGCACACCACUGAGCGUUUAAGUUCCAUAUGUCAUCAUUUAGGGAGGCAGUGCCCCAUCUAAAGUUUUUCACUUGUUUUCAUGAGCACAGAUAAACGCGAGCAACUGGCUGCUGUUAGCUUCAGACAACAGACGUGAAAUUCUUGUUGAAGGAUGCUAACAAACCUCUGGAUGUUGCAGCUGGUUGUGAAAUGCAAAAUAACCUUUCUUGGAAAGCAUUUGGAGAAACUUGGAUUUAGAAUGGAUUCCUGAGAAGUAGUCUAUAAUUGCUCUUCUAAUAUGACCCCUGAUGGAUUGCCAUUGUGUAAUAAAAGCACUGUUUGGUGUAUGAACUAUGCAUUGUUGGUAUACAGUCGCGUGUGAGUGUAUUUUAUAUACACCAGACUGCUGCAAUCGUAUGUUCAAAUAGGCAACUUAGGAAUUGCAGUAAAUAGCAGAAGUAUGACAAGAUGUCAAAUGUACUUUUGUGGUAGUCUUGCAAAAUAACCACAUAAUGAGAGAUUAAAUUACUGGACUUUUAAUCUUUUUUGUUUUUUUUUGUUUUUUUUAAGUAGUCAGAUAAAGAAUGAUAUAUUUAAAUGCAGUGUUUAUCAAUUAUGUUUAAAUGACUACAUUUUAUUUCAGUUGUAUGUGGACAAAUGUAAUAUUCUCAAACAUAAAUAAGAACAUUAAAUAUUCAAUAUACAAAGCUGCAUUUAGACUCUUAAAAAUCCUUUAUAAAUCACAAUCAAUAUAUUGUAAUGUUUUAUUUCCAUUUUCUGAAUUUUUUUUUUUUUGCAUUCACUAAUAUGAAAUUGUGUAUCUUUUUUAUGUUUUAUUUCUAAAAAAAACUGAAAAUGUACCACUUUAUUUCAUAAGCAAACUUUCUCAGUGUGUAGUACACCCACUCCUCGUUAUAUUGCCCCUCGCUGUACUGCAGAUGCACAUGUAUCUCGGUUUUGGAGUUGGCUCCCAAUUUUUACUGCCCAUGUAUACUGCGUGUGCCUUAGCUGCAGUAUACAUAGCCACUUAGAAUUACUGUUUGUUUUACUUUGUACUGCACAUCACAAACAACAAUAUACUAUACAAUUAAAAACAAA